AUGUCGCGCCCAUCCCUCGCUACACCCUGCCCGGCGCCCAACUCCGCCCUACCCCUUCCCGUGGGCGGCAGGAGACCCAGCUCCAUCUCCUUGGGCGGCGCGCAAGAUGACACCACCACUACUGAGCUGGAGUACACGCGCGCCCUGCAGCUGGACCUAAAGGGGGCGAAGCCGCGGCGGAAAUCGAAGUUCCGGCCGCGCGAACGGAGGGAAGCUGCUGUGACGAUUUUUGAAGAUGUGUUGGAAGAGGAGGAGCUGGUUGUGCAGAGCAGGAGGGAGCUAGGAGGUAGGACGCUGCUUGGGAGGCCUGCACAGAGGAUACCUAGGCGCGAUAUGCGGGAGAAGCGAGAGGAUGCUGUGCUGCAGCAUGCUGUGAUGCCUGAUGUUGCCUCGAGACAAAGGAGGUCUGCUGUUGCUGCGUUUGUACAAUGUGAUUUGGAGCCGCCGCGGGAUCUGGAAAACGACAAACAGAGGUUAGAGGCGCAGCAAGUGGAAGCGAAAAGCAGUUUGGCGAAGGAACCACGAAGACGGACGAUCUUCGUUCCCACCGACGAUACCACAAUCUUAACUAUCCACCCUGGUGCGAACACAACCGACCGACUGAAUGAUACGUUCCAAUUUGGGACCCAACUGUCAGCCGCGCAACCUGUGUACGAGACCACGCUGUCUAAUCCGGACGCAGAAGUCGUGAAACAGCCGAAACGGCCGCGAAUGUCCCUCGCGGCCGCGCCGAAACGUCUGCCUCUGCAGCAUGUUGUCGCAAAAGAAGCCAACGGGACUGGUGUGGACGUCGCUGGGCAAAACGGCGGCAAGGAGAACAUGCUGCCUGAUUUGCAAAUGGAUGAUAUCGGAAAGAAGCCAGCUCCAGCGCUGCAUCACCGCCCCCCUAGACGCUCGCUGGCCGUAUCGAAGUUGUUUGAGCCGACUGCUGCGUCUCAAGCCAGGACCUCUGUUGUUGCGAGGAAGGCAGUGCCAUUGCCCGGUACUGCCUCAGCGCCCGAUUUCAGCAAGUUACACUCCGUGCAACCUAGCUCGAACAUCCACCGGCGCUUGAGUGUGCGCCCCUCGCCGCCCCAGUCUGACCACUUCGCGGGAUCAAAGAGCGUGUCCUCUCGAAUGUCGUUCGCUGGCGACAUGACGGUGCCACCAAAGCCAAACGAGCGCAGGAUGGAGCUCAAGACCGCCAGGCUACAGCAGUAUCCCGUGCUGUCGGAGGAUAUCGCGCAGCCGGAGCUCUACGAGGACGUAUGGCUCAGUCACCAGGAAGUCGCAUUGACCGAGCUCGUCAACCAGGUCUACACUUCGACGGAGCCAGAACGGAAUCGUUUGGAAGAUGCAAGCGCAAGUCGACGAGAGCGACUUCUCCACAUCUACCAUCAACCGGAGGUCGCAACUCUUCACAAGCGACUGCAAGCCUCUCUACUCUACGGCGCCCUUAGUCGGCCAAGAGAUCUGUCUAAGCCUCCAGAUCCAGCUCAGGAUAUUGGACUGCGCAAACGCUUCCUUGGACUGUGGCUGGACGGGUAUGAGACCGGCAUCCUGCGAGUGGCGGCAGAGGUCGUGUUCGGCCGACAACUACCUUCCGGCUCGAACACCAAAAGGACCCCCAGCACCGGAACAAUAGACCCACACCGACAUCGACGCGCCCUGAUCGGCUUCCUGGAGACAUUCCUCGUCGAAGUGGACGACGUCGAAGAGCCGAGCGAGGAGCGAGGAGACGACCCCAACGCGCCAUGGCGCAAGACGGUCCUGCGAAGCUUGAUGCUGAUCUGGCUUCUCGAGCAAGCCAAGCAACGCGGUGUGGCGACCAGCUGCCUGUUCAAAGCCAGCUCUGCACGCAAGUCGUCCGUUGCGAUGCUGGAUGCGAUUGCUGGCAUGCUCAUUGGGUCUGUUGGGGACAUCACGCGGGUCUUGCGUCAUCUCGACUACGAGGUGCGACAUGUGCAGGAUCCGCUUGAUGAGGUGAAGUAUCGGAUUGAGAAUAUCGCCGUCGACCUUCGAGAUGGCAUCUUGUUGACGAAACUCGUCGAAGUUCUGCUGUUCUCGCCGAACAGGCUGCGAACCGCAGAUAUGCAAGGCGAUGCUACAGUGACGAUCCGUAUGCCGGACCUGACCAUUCUGGAAAGCGCACUUCACGAUGAAGAUUCGAUCCGGAUCUUGUCGCAGCACUUGAAAAUGCCUUGUCUGGGCCGUGUGCAAAAGCUCUACAACGUACAGAUUGCCCUCAGCGCUCUGCGCGAUCACGGCAGGCUUGGAGAAAGUGCAGAGGCCAUCGCAGCCGAAGACAUCGUAGACGGACAUCGGGAGAAGACGCUCAGCCUUCUCUGGUCUCUUGUCAGCAACUUCGGCCUGCAGCAGCUCGUGGACUUCCGUGAGCUUGCGGCGGAUAUCCGAAGAAACGCCGGUGCUGCUGUCGACGUGCAGGCAUUGCUAGGAGACGGUUCUCGUCUUUCGCAAUCGCAGCACGAGGGCUUGCUUAAGAAGUGGGCUUCCGUGCAUGCCAUGCGACAAGGCAUCAGAGUCGGCAAUCUGACAACCUCGUUCGCCGACGGCAAAGUGUACGCAACCAUCCUGGACGCUUUUGCGGAGCACAUCCAUCUUGAAGCAGACAAUCUUACGAACCCCAAACCAACACCUGCCCCACGACUAGAGCGCCAACUGCGCGCUUUCGGCUGCAGCACCGCUUUCAUCAAGCAGCUCAGCUCCAACAGCGGCACGAUCCCAAGCCGCAAAACGACGAUCUCGAACCUGGCCUUCCUGGCUUCCAGAUUACUGCCUCUGGCGCGGCAGAGUAGUGCUGCCAUGGUUAUCCAGCGUGCGUACCGGCGUCGACUGGCGCGAACUGCAGUUUCGGAACGCGUGGUGUUGAUGCGGCUGGCGCACGCGUGUGCGACGGUUGUCCGGACGCAGGAGCGCUUGGUGGAUGCGGCGGUGGUGCUUCAGAGGGCUUGGAGGGGGGUGUUGGAUGCUCGGAUUGGGCGCUUGCAUCGAAAUGUGGAGAGCUUUCAAGUGCUUGCAAAGGGUUGGUUGGUCAGGCGGCGUCAGAUGAAAGCGAGAGUGUCUAGGGGUGUUGCUGCGGGCCAGUCUUUGAGGAUUAUGGGUGGAUGGUGA